UUUGGAGGCCCUGCAGGUGAUGCACAUGCAGAGUGGAGAGGAGACUCACUGUUGAAGUCAUCUGUGCUGCGGGCGGACCUCUUACCUUGUGACAUUUGGCACCGCUAAUUGCCUCUCUGAUUAAUUGGGCUACCUGUGAUGGUGCAAAUUGUGGCAGGGAGGUUCCCUGCUGUGCUGUGAAGUCCUGCUGCCUCUGUGUCUUCUGUUGUGAGCCGGUGAUCACCAUGACGUCGGAUAGAGGCGCCUGUUGGACGCGAUGACAGCUGACAAGGAGAAGAGAAGGGCGAUCAGCCGCGAGGCCGCCAGAAGGAGACGACGGGUGGAGUCUGAGGUGUUUGGAGAUUUGUCUGGCCUCUUGCCGCUGCAGCCGUCUGUCCGAGCUCACCUGGACAGGCCCUCGGUUAUUCGCCUCACCCUCAGCUACAUACGCGUGCACGCACUACUCAGAGGGACAAAAGCCGAGGCCAGCCGAGCAGUAACAAAUGCGCAAGUGACGGAUGAUGGAGAGGAACGGCGAGGGCGAGACGGAGGAUGUGACGAGCGGGAGGAGGAGAAAGACACGGAGGAUGUCAAAGCCUCUGAGGAGACCAACAUGUACCUGAGGAUCCUGGAGGGAUUUCUGAUGGUUCUGUCCACUGAGGGAGACAUGAUCUACCUGUCUGACAACGUCAGCAAGUACAUGGGGUUGACACAGACCGAGCUGAUGGGACACAAUAUUUUUGAGUUUACUCACCCUUGUGACCACGAAGAAAUCAGAAAUAAUCUACGUCUAACAGCAGAGGAAGUUUGGUGCGGUGCAAAGAGGGACUUUGUCAUGAGGAUAAAAAGCGCUCUGACACACAGAGGAAGAAGCGCCAACCUCAAGUCAGCUACGUGGAAGGUUCUCCACUGUCGGGGCCGAGUGAAGGUGUGUGUCGCCCCGUCUUCAGUUUCCUGCCUGCUGCUGACCUGCCAGUCUCUGCCCCUGUCACACACACUCCUCAGCACACACACCUUCACCAGCCAGCACAGCAUGGACAUGAGGUUCACGUACUGUGACCAGAGAGUGACUUUGCUUUUAGGUUACAGUCCAGAGGACCUGCUGGGCCGCUCCAUCUAUGAUCUCUGUCACACACUCGACACAAACUGUUUGGCCAAAAAUCACCUCAACCUGUGUUUGAAGAGUCAGUCAGUCAGCGGUCAGUACAGGAUGCUGGUCAGAGGUGGAGGUUACGUCUGGGUGGAGAGUCACAGCGCCGUCAUCCCCAGCAUGCGACCCUCCAAGUCCAGGCCCAGCGCACACCAGCCGCUCUCCAUCCUCUGUGUUACCUACGUCCUCAGCGGUGUGGAGGAACCAUCCCUGAAGCUCUCUUUGGCCCAGCAUGUCCACGGAUGUCUGAGCGGAAACUUGAGUCUAAAGAAAAUGUAGGAAGACCGUCAUCCUCAAAGAACAAGAUUCUCUACCUCCGCCUGUGAAUUCUUAUCAGAUAUUUUGUAGAUUCAACUUUUAUUAAAUAUGAAACUUUCUGAUGCAAAA